AUGUUGUUGACCUUUUACUUCCGCCUUGUUUUGCGAUUUCGACAAGAUGAAAAGAUUCUUUUGACUAUGCCCUUGACGGAAUGCUGCUGCGAUGUCUCUGACAGCGGCUUCGGAUCGGCACCCGAAUUAACGCCCUGCCCGACGCUAAAUUCUACCGAGUCGACCUUGACCCCUGUCUCCAGGCGGACAACCCCUGCCCCAGGCGAUGAACACUACGAGCGUACGCUGUGGAGGCAUUUCCCUGGCUGGACUUUCUCUGAGCGAGCCAGAGAGACGCGUUGCUGGGCCUGGCAAUUUGGAUAUGACAUUCAAAAAGAAGACGAGCGCAGAUGGAUUUGCCGAGCGUGCAUUCGCAAGAAUGCCCCAAAUCCACGUCAUUUUGAAGCUGAUGGCAUCCAGAACGCGUACAAUCACCUUUUCAACCACCACGGGAUUCCCGCCCCGCCCGGAAUGACGAAAGGAAGCGCUGAAAAAAAGCUGAAUUCUAAGGGUAGAAGGGCUACGGGGCAGCGGACCCUGGUGGAAUCCAUGAAGCUUGAUCUAAAAGACCCACGUGAACAAGCCAUUGCGAAUGACUUCAUCAAACGCUUCGACAAGGAACACUUCCGGCGGCUUCUGAUCGACUGGAUCGUGGCCAAGAACCACUCCUUUUCUAUUUCUGAAGAGGCAGAACUCCAAGCCAUCUUCGACUACUUGAACCCGUCAGUUUCGGCACGUAAAGCCAAUGUUACCCACACAACGGUUCGAGAAAAGAUCGUCGCCGCGUUCGAACAACACAAACAGACGGUGAUAGAUGUCUUAUGCAAGGCGCCUGGCCUUAUCCACAUGUCCUUCGACGGCUGGCGGUCCGGAAAUCGACAUGCAUUAUACGGUAUAUGUUGCUUCUAUAGGGGCGAAAACAAUAUGCUUUGUAAGAUUACGCUAGGGCUUCCCGAAGUCAGCGCCAAGCACACAGGGCCAAAUAUCGCCGCCGAAAUUCUCGACGUAAUUGAAUCGUACCAGAUCCAACACAAGAUUGGCUAUUUCACGCUUGACAACGCGAAAAACAAUGACACCGCUAUGGAGAUUAUUGGUGCAGAGCUCGGCUUCGUGGGGUCGCGCAGGCGAGGGCGCUGUUUUGGGCAUAUAUUGAACAUCUCCGCCAAAGCCAUUCUAUUUGGCCACGAUGCUGAUGCUUUUGAGCGGCGGGUAUCAGGGGGAGAACCUCUUACUGAAGCAGAACACUUGAUCUGGCGUAAGAAGGGGCCAGCAGGCAAACUGCACAAUCUUGUGGUAGCUAUCCACAGGUCUGACUUGUUGACUGGCAUGCUUCGCAGCAUUCAACAAGAAGCUUUCGCCAAGUCGUCCGACCCCAAACUUAACGCCAGAAAGCCGUUGGACGUUAUUUUAGACAACGACACCAGAUGGUUGUCACAAUUAUACAUGAUACGACGAGCUCUACUUCUUCGUGACUAUAUCGAGCGACUUAUUGCCCACCAUCGAAUCGAAUUCGAGCAACAACACAAGACUAAGAGGGGUGGCCUGAGGAAGUCACUCGCAUUGCCCUUUAUUUGCCAGCCAGAGAACCAGCUAUCCGACAAGAACUGGGAAGUGGUCGAGAUAUUUGCGCAGGUCCUUACUUACUACGAGGCUACGAUCAAAAUGCUCGAAGGCGACGGCCAGAUUCGCAAGCGGAAGCGUGGGUGGACUGGCUCAUAUGGCAAUAUUUGGGACGUUAUCCAAGGCUUUGAACUCCUCCUCGAGCAGCUUGAACGCUUCAAGGAUAUUGCGAAGGACUUUCCUGAUCUUGAACACUUCAGGGUCAACAUCAAUUUGGGCUGGCAGAAGUUGAAUGAAUACUACGGGAUGUUGAGCGAGACGCCAAUAUACUACACUGGCCUUGCGCUCCAUCCAGCGUACCGAUGGAAAUGGUUUGAGCGCAACUGGGCUGACCGUCCUGAGUGGAUUGACGAGGCGAAAAGAAUUGUUCACGAUGUCAGGCGUUUUGAGUAUCGGGAGGCCGCUUUGCUUGGUGAGGAGCCAUUAGCUGUCGAGCCAGCUUUGAAGCAGCGGAAGACUUCGGACAAUCCGUUCCAGGAAUAUCUCAAACGAAACCGCUACACAUCGCCAGAAGCAGGCCAGGAUGGCCUGACGCCGGUCGAAGACGAAUACCUCCAUUGGAUUACUCACUGCGAAAGUGGCGAUGGCUCCAUCAACGAUCCUCUGGCGUACUGGCACGAGAAGCGCCACAAGUAUCCAAACUUAUCGCGAAUGGCGCUCGACUAUCUCACGAUUCAGCCAAUGUCUGCCGAGUGUGAGCGUCUUUUCUCCGCAGCAGGUCGGAUGGUGAACCCCCUGCGCCACCAACUUGAAGCCCAGAUUAUCGGCAUGUGCCAGGUAUUGCGGUCAUGGCUGAGGGCGGGCAUUAUUAAUGACUUAGAUCCCUUCUUUAUUUCGGUAAACGAAGAACAAGUCGAUAUGGAAUUGGCUCAGAUGUCUGGACAACAGCUAGAGGAAUGGGCAACAAAGUGGCUUACUCAGAUGGAAAGUGUCCAAGAGGAGAUGGAAGCUAGUUGGAGAUAA